AUGCCCGCUGCCAUCGAAGUCACAGACCCCCUCGUCGUCGUCCGCGACCUCUUUGACGACGAAAAGCUGGUUGUCGACGACUUCGAGCGCCACGUCGGCCACUGUCGCACCUGCCUCAACGCUGUCCAGACACCCAGGGACGGCCGUCUUUGCGAGUCGGGUGCCACCCGCGCCCGCGUUGUCAAAUCCUAUCUCUUCAGCCAAAACGGAAAGCACUUCUCCACUGUAGAGUACGAGAACGGCAAGUCGGUGCGAGUGAAGAUUCCGCGUGAGAAUGUCGCCGUCCGCGAUCUCCUCACAGCUCUUGAGCAGGGACUACGUCUGCCUGAGAAGACCGUCAUCGUCCAGCCUGUCCAGCCUGUCGACGGUGUGAGCUACGACCGCACCUAUUCUGUCUCCGCCCGCCAGGUCACUGGCAAGCAGUCCCGUCCUCGCUCCCGCUCUCCUGACACCUACCAGCUUGUAGAGAGGGCCCCACGCAGCUCUCGCUCGCCAACGUCCAUCAUGUACCGCUCGCCCGGUGGCUCUCCCAGCCGGCCCACCUCCAGCCGUGGAUCCUUGUACAGCACCGACCGAGAUGAGCGCCGAUACGAGUCGCCUCGUCGUUACGUCGAGGGAUCCCCCAAGUACCACCGUUGA